CGAGCUUCCUCGACACGCGUUAAUCUUAUACAGCCACGUUCUGAUAUUUUUUCGUUAUCGUAGAAGGCUUUUUUUUUUUUAAUUAUUAGAUCGGUGGAUUUUUAUUUUUAAAAGAUGGUUUAGCGGAUUAAACGCCCCACCAAAGAAAUCAACAGUGAUGAGAGGAACACUUAGAUGCGCAUGAGAAAACGUCCGCGCUUGUUCGCGAGCUAAGCUAGUUCGCUAGGGCCGGGAAAUCUCGAGCCGCCACCUUGGCCGGCAUGGACAACAAGUUCCCUCGUCAGCUUUUCCCACACGUGUAUCUCAACGGACCACCGGAUCUGAAAUCGGUGCAUGAUUAUGGCUCCUGGGGGUCUUACGAGAGCGUUGUUGAGAUACGCGGCGAGUCCGCUCGGGGUGACCCCGAGGAAGCAAAGCAGUGGGAGUUCCUUUCCCAGCACAAGGUGGAAGGGGAAAGAUGGAUCCCCACUGAACCCAUAGUUACACCACUUUUGGCACCCAACAAAGAUUGCAAAAUCUAUUCAGGCCCCCCCUCUAAUCCAGAUGACUUCCCAGAGCAUAUGCAGUAUUUCUAUGUGCAUCACUGUAUGGAUUCAUUCUUCACCAUGGGCCAGCUGCUCGGAGAACACUUCAAUUUCCGUAAAAAGAGCCUCAAGAAUGUUGUCAAUAUGAGUCAAAUGAAGAACUUUCUAGGCAGCUUAAACUAUAAGAAGUGCGAGCUGGGACAUUACUCGGAGCGCGUGUGCCGCUACCACCACCUGCUAGGGGACGUGAUCAGCGACAUCCCGCAGACCCUGCUAGCCGAGCUCCUCCACGAAGAGCUAACUCUGCAGAAGGAGCUAGUGCAGUUCCAGCCCGUCACCACCGGGGGAGCGUUAGUGUUCGCACCCCUCCAAGAGGACCAGGGAGAGGCUUGUCUGAUCUAUCCCAGAGGAGAGGCGCUCGACUCCCUUACUUUCCACCGGGUGGUGCAAGAAUUCAGUGAGGGGAAGCCUCCCAGCAUGCACUUGGCUGGAACACCUAUGGUGUUUAAUGUGAAUGGAACAGUCAGGCAGGUCAGCAUGAAUCCAGUGGAUGAUCAAGAUCACAUAGGUGUGCGUUCGGAUUAUUUCUGCUCCUCGUGGGUGAUAAAAGAUGGUGUGCGUCCGCGGGCGAUGGAGGUGGUGCAGUUAAAGGAGCGCUCCACCAGCCUCAGUGUCAGCCCUCAUGUUACCGGAGAACUGCUUGUAGCCAGCGAGAGUGGAGCAGCCUAUCUCUGGACUCUGGGAAAGGGGCUGCAGAAGUUCCGCGAAGAAGACUCAAACCUGUACUUCAAUGCCAAAUCGCCGUGGCGAUGGUGCGAGUUCUCAGCACACCCAAGAGUCAUGGUUUAUGCUGACCGGACGGGGGCAGAGCUUACAGACACCAGGAGCAGCGACUGUUCUCACACACUGUUCCGGAUCGGGAACACGUCCCGCUGCAGGAGUGGGGAACGGCUGAUCUUGACCAAAUACCUGGACCAGUGCCACGCCCACCACCAUCUCUUCACCACGCAGUUCUCCGCUUACCUCCUGGAUGAGCGGAUGCCUGGCAUUCCCGCGCUGAAGUGGGAGCACAUGAUGGAGUCCCCUCCCUGUUUUGCCCAGGCCCUGCCAGCUUUGGGUCCACACGGGACCUCCAAAAUCCUGCUAGGAGCUCAGAGAACACAGGAGACCAUGCUGCUGCAGUACUCUGGAGGUAGGGAGUGGCCGUGCCGGUCCGAUGGCCCGGUUCAGAGGCUCUCCAGCCCCUGCGAGAGCCUUCAAGUUCGGCAGCUCCCGCACAGGCAGCACAGCGCGACGGCGAGGCUGGCCGCACCCGCCACAGGUCUUGCCGUCAGCCAGAACGGCGGUUUCCUGACCGUGUUCCAGCUAACAGAGGCUGGAGACGUCUUUUACCAGCUUCUCGAACUCCAUCCCGACGCUGUCAGCGCAGAUCCACACCCAUCAGCGCGACGUCUCAGUGCAGGCCCUCCGGAGCUGGCCUCAAACCCAGAACGGGCACCAGCGGAAUCAGGUUCCGUCGGAGACGAGGAGCCUGCUCUGUCCGGCGAAAAGCAGCUUCCCGACGGCGACUUUGAGCGAGAGUGUCGUGCCAUGCAAGCAUUUGCGCACGCGGACGCGAACCGUUCUCCAGGUGCCAGCGGAGGGAGUAGCUGUGAACCCACUUUUGUUCCGGAAUCGUCUGCACGUUCUGCCCUGAUCAGCUGUGCUCGUCUGGCGAGGCCUGGAGGUCCAGAGACAGCCAGCAGGAAGCUAAAGCUGAUCUGGAAACAUUGGCUGGAGUCACUCUUGUCAAAUACCAAGGCGAAGAAACGGCGCUUAGGGCACAGGCAGGUCAAGACGGAGGGCUUAAUGUCAUUUAACGUUCGACAGAGAGACGAGCUUGAGGAGGAUAAGUUUCUGAGCCUGAGGAAAGUCCUGUUGGAUGUUGUGAAGAACAGGAAGCUACUUGUUCAUGGGGACACCUACUUGCCUCCUCUGCAGGUGACCCCGUUUCCGGACGCGGUGCACCCGGAAGACUGGCCAGACGACCUGAGCAGACGCUUGAGUGCCUCCUGGGAGGGCGGCUGGAGUAACUGGUGGGUGGAGAAGCUCGGCCUCAACCGAGAUGCCAAGAUUGAGGCUCUGCGUCGAAAACGGCGACGGGAGAAGCGAGCCAGAUCCCGGAGUCGCAUGUCGCUCUCCGGAAGCUUCGUCUCGUCCAUCAGCUACCAGGAUGGCCUGUCCGAUUGGUCGUCUGUGGCUGAGUAUCUGGGAUCGGACGCAGAGAGCUUCGCGAACUCUCAGAACGCCCCCAAGGAUGAGGCACUGUCGGACGCAGAGACGUUGGCCAAGAGCCAAAGACAAAGCAGGGAACUGCCCUCGUGUGAGACAGAACCAAGUAAACGUCCUCUGAGAAGUCCUCAGCUCAGUUCCAAAGGGUCGCCACUGGGCCACACCUCGCCGUUAUCUCGGUUCCAGGCGUCUUUGACAUCUCAGAGGACUCCCCAGCCCCUGCAGUGGCAGGCCUCCACCGUUGAGACAGAUACAGCCCCCGCGCCAUCUGUUUUUAAAUCCUCGGGAUUCCCCCAGCAAACUCCCAAACGGCGGCAGCAGCAGGACUACCUCAGCUCUCUGUUUGGCUCCCAGGAGCCUUCCCAGGAUCUCGGACAAGACGAUGGCGCCAUGGCCGUACACCAACGGUCCAGUUUCUCGCUCGCGCCAUGGGGUCUGUCAAAGGUCCAGACCUCCUCACAGGCCUCUCAGCCCCAGAGAAAGAAGUCUCGAAUGGGAUUUUGAAGCGGUAGGUGGCACAUCUACAAAUCGAGCGUGUGAGGCAACACGUGCUUUGUUUGUUUAUUCCCCGUGUCCUGCGAGUGUCAGUUUUAUCCAAAGCUUGCCUUUCCAUCAGAGAUGGCUUCUAGGCGUUGUGUUGGCCUUCGCUGGCAUUUUCCAGCGAAGUCGUCUCUUGGCCUUUGGUCAAAGGCUGACAAAAUGGAGGCGUGUCUUCAGGGAUAAUUGACCGUAUCCAGGC